UGGAAUUGAAAAGUAUUGUAUUCUCCAAACCCCUUUAAAGCUAGCUAUUUAUUUCUGUAUACACUGGUUGAACAGAGUGUUAUAAGAGAUUUUUUUAUUGGUAAACAAAAUUUUAUUGAUAGUAGGGAUAGGCAAUAGCCAAGUACACGUGAAAUAUACAAGAUCAUCACCUAUGCAUUGCUUGAUGAUAUAGUGAUACAAGAAGAGCGUUAUAAGAGACUAUAAGUGAAUUUCUCUGUUGUUCUGGCCAUAGUGGUCAUGCCUUCAAAUUUCACUCCCACAUUGGUGGUUUCAUUGCUUUGCAAGACGAAAUGAACAGAUUAUUCCAUGGGAACAUUUUCUUGUAGACCGAUGAACAAAUUUGAUUUCAUUGUAAGCUUUUUCCAAAUCAACUUAUUGGAUGCAUUUUAACUACCAUCAUGACUGAAUUUUAUGUACAUGAUUGACCUUUGUAUGUGUCGUAGUUAUUAACAUCACCAAGCACUAAAUAUAGACAAUGACCAUAGUGGAUGAAAAGUUGGAGGCUAGACUGGAGAGAAAGUAACUUUUUUAUUUUAUUUGGAACAUGAAGUUCAUUACAAUGGCAAGGGGAAAGCUUAUAUUGAUUUGCCAAUCUGGUGGUGAGUUUGUCACAAAUGAGGAUGGAUCGAUGUCAUACACUGGAGGUGAGGCACAUGCAAUAGAUAUCAAUUGUGAAACCAUGUUUGAAGAUCUCAAAUUAAAAUUAGCUGAAAUGUGGAAUUUGGAAUGUAAUUCCAUAUCCAUAAAGUAUUUCCUCCCAGGAAACAGACAAACCCUCAUCAGUUUAUCAAAUGACAAAGACCUCAAAAGGAUGUGUAAAUUUCAUGGAAGUUCAGUAACUGCCGACGUUUUUGUCAUGGGGAGAGCAGGUUUUGAUCAUGAAGACUUGAACAGUCAUAGCAGGGCAAGUGCAAUAAAAGUAGCUGAAACUGUACCCCCUGUUGCUGACUUCAGUACCUCUGCUGCUGCACCCCAUGCCGCUGCUGCUCUUCCUGUUGCAAUAAAUGCAGCUGAAGAACUCAUUACUGCUAAUUCCAGCAUUGGUCCAGUUUCCCCUGUCGCUCUUCCUGUAGAAAGACCUGCUGACUCCAUUAUAUCUGUUACAGCAGCUGCCAAUACUGCCAAUGAUAAUCCAGAUGCUGCUUAUUCCAGUCCAGCCGGUUCCAUUGCCAUUGCCACUGAUGCAACUGCUCAUGACCCAAAUAUAAUUGAUAUGUCUUCCACCCCUGCUGAUACUGUUAAGAAACGAAGGCGAACUGCAUCCUGGAAAGUUAGUGCAAAUCGUCCUGCUAUUGUUGAUGUCACUGACUAUAUUGAGGAGAAAAGGAAAAGUUCAUCCAGAAAAAAGAACACCCAAAAUUGCAAUGCUGCAACAGCAACCGACAAUCCAAAGCAGCAACAAGAUACUUCAACCUGUGAAGAAGAUUCUUACGGUUCCUCUAUCCUUGCUAGUUCAAGUGAUGUUCCACCUGAAAAACUAGUUUCAUCUUGGAAAGAUGGAAUUGUUGGUGUUGGUCAGGUAUUCAAAAGUGUGUAUGAAUUUCGGGAUGCUCUCCAGAAAUAUGCCAUAGCGCAUCGUUUUAUGUACAGGUUAAAAAAGAAUGACACUUACCGUGCUAGUGGCACAUGUAUAUCAGAAGGCUGUUCUUGGAGGAUUCAUGCUUCCUGGGACUCAUCCUCAGAGUCCUUCAGGAUUAAAAAGAUGAAUAAAUCGCAUUCGUGUGGAGGGGAAUCUUGGAAGUCUGCUCAUCCGUCAAAGAAUUGGUUGGUGAGUAUCAUAAAGGAAAUAUUACGAGGUAGCCCUCAUCACAAACCAAAGGAAAUUGCUAACAGCAUUCUUCGUGACUUUGGGAUUGAGCUGAAUUAUACUCAAGUAUGGCGUGGAAUUGAGGAUGCCCGGGAGCAACUUCAGGGUUCAUAUAAAGAAGCAUAUAAGCAGUUUCCUGUGUUUUGUGAGAAGAUGAUGGAGGCAAAUCCUGGUAGUAUUGUUAAGCUUUGUGCUACUGAAGAUAAAAGAUUUCAGCGCCUUUUUGUAUCCUUUCACGCUACAAUGUUUGGUUUUCAAAAUGGUUGUCGCCCCCUUCUUUUCCUUGACACCACAUCUUUAAAAUCAAAGUACCACGAGGUUUUGUUGACAGCUACUGCAUUGGAUGGUAAUGACGGUGUUUUCCCCGUUGCAUUUGCUGUAGUAGAUACCGAGAAUGAUAAGAAUUGGCGUUGGUUUUUGGAGCAGUUGAAAUCAGCAAUGUCUACUUCAAUAUUCAUAACUUUUGUCUCUGACAGAGAGAAGGGCUUAAAGAAGCUGGUACUUGAAGUAUUUCAGAAGGCUCAUUAUGGAUAUUCGAUAUUCCAUCUAAUAGAAAACUUCAAGAAAAACUUGAAGGGCCCAUUUCAUGGAAACGGAAGGGGUUCUUUGCCUGGCUUUUUUGUGGCUGCUGCCCAUGCUGUCCGACAUGAUGGUUUAAGAAUAUGUACUGAGCAAAUUAAACGUGUGUCCUCAAAAGCAUAUGACUGGGUCUUGCAAAUUGAGCCAGAGCACUGGACAAAUGCAGUAUUUAAGGGUGAGCGGUAUAAUCACUUCACUGAAAAUGUUGGAGAGACAUACACCAACUGGAUAGAGGAAGUGCGGGAGCUACCGAUAAUACAGAAGGUCGAAAUGCUAAGAUACAAGUUGAUGGAGUUGAUUAAAACUCGUCAAACAGAAUCGAGUAGGUGGUCUACAAAACUUACUCCAUCCAAGGAGGAAAAAUUGCGAGAAGAAACUCCUAAAGCACAGGGCUUGAAAGUAUUGUUCUCAUCUGAUACCCUUUUUGAAGUUCAUGAUGAUUCCAUUCAUGUGGUGGAUAUUGAUAAGUGGGACUGCACUUGUCUAGGAUGGAAAGCUUCUGGGCUACCUUGCCGCCAUGCUAUUGCUGUCUUUAAUUCUACAGGCAGGAAUGUGUAUGAUCACUGUUCAGGGUGCUUCACAGUUGAUAGCUUCCGUCUAACAUAUUCAAUGUCCAUAAACCCUGUAUCUGCCAUUUCCAUUCCUUCAAGUAAUGAAAAAACGUCCUCGGAUUCUCUGCCUCUACUUCCUCCUUGCACGACGCGGCCCCCCAGCCAACAAAAAGAGCAGACCAGCAGUAAGGGAGUGUCCAAGAGGCCGGUUUGUUGCACUAGGUGCAAGGGAACGGGGCAUAAUAAAUCUACAUGCAAGGCAAACUUAUAGGUUGUAUGUGAAUUUGCAGUUGCGCAGUUGUUAUCUUCGAUCAUAUCAAACAUGGUUGUGCAGUUUUGCUGCUCAAUUGGUCGUUUGAUUAUAUUUGAAGUGGAGUUGUGAAAUUUACAAGCCAGUAUAUAAAUACAGUUGUCAUAGGACUCAAUAGAGUUUAUAAUA